AUGCCUGGUGAGCCAUCAGCAUCGGCUGCUGGAAAAUCCAGUGGCAAAGUUAAACGCAUAUCAAUACCCCGUGUCCAGAGCAGCACAGACACCGAAUUACAGUCGCAAAUGAGCCAGAGUGGAUCAACACCUCUUCAGCCAAUAUCCCUUCACUACAUUAACUUCAAAAAUGACAAUGAAGAGACACCGAUACCACCAGUACUCCAAUCACGACUGCUAGACCUCUUUCAACAGAUUCAGAAGGAAUUCGAGAUGGUGUGUCUGGAGAACAUCGGCUUACAGGAGAAGAUUGACACUCUCAACGAGAGAUUGGAGAGAGAGUGCUACGGAUCGGGUGAACGUAGUUUGCCACCUGGUGAUUUAGCUGAUUACGUGGAUACCAAAAGCUCGAUUAAACAGAAGGCCUCAAUAGUCUCAUCAGCGCAGAAGAUCAAGACAGCCCACAAGCUGAAAGCCCAAACGAGUAAGAUAGUCUCGUCAUUCAAGAACCCGACUAUGUCCUGCACGAUGCAGCGCCAGUACGCGGGCCACAAGGACGGCAUCUGGGAAGUGACUGUGGGCCGUUCAGGACAGCCAAUAAUAGCGACCGCCUCUGCUGAUCACACGGCUCGGGUUAUGGCCAUGGAGACUGGCAAGUGUCUCCUCCAGUACAUAGGCCACACUGGUUCCGUCAACUCCGUGAGAUUUCAUCCCACCAUUGACCUUGCCCUGACCUCCUCUGGCGACUGCUCGGCCCACAUCUGGCAGGCAGCCGUCAACUGGGACGCACCAAUGCGUCAAUCGUCUUCCGAGGAUCUCUCCACCCUGGACAGAACGCCCACCAAUGCGUCUGGGCUUAAUGAUGAUCAGGACGAGACACCUACACUGAGAACACCCUUGAGGGAGCUUCUGGGCCAUACUGGUGUGGUGAUGGCUGCUGACUGGCUGCCUGGGGCCGAUCAACUCGUCACCGCUUCCUGGGAUAGAACUGCUAAUCUUUAUGAUGCUGAAACUGGGGAUGUUAUUCAUACACUCUGUGGACAUGAUCAGGAACUGACUCAUGUGUCCACUCAUCAUGUGCAGAGACUUUGCGUUACGUCGAGUCGGGAUAGUACUUUCAGACUUUGGGACUUCAGGGAACCCAUACACUCGGUGUCGGUUUUCCAGGGACAUACCGAAGCCGUCACUUCCGCUGUUUUUACGAGGGAGGACAAAAUAGUCUCUGGGUCGGACGAUCGGAGCGUCAAGGUCUGGGAGUUGCGUAACAUACGCAGCCCGUUGGCUACUAUCCGGGGUGACAGUGCGGCUAAUAGACUUGCUGUUUCCAGCGCUGGAAUCGUUGCGAUUCCGCAUGACAAUAGACAAAUACGACUGUUCGAUCUGAGUGGACAGAGACAGGCCCGGCUUCCAAGGACUAGUAGACAAGGCCAUCGCCGAAUGGUGUGCUCAGUGGCCUGGGCAGAAGACUCAAAUGCAACCUGUAACUUAUUCUCCUGUGGAUUCGACAGACUCGUUCUGGGCUGGAGUGUUCUUCCCGUCAAAGAUGCUUAAUAAAUCCACUACCCUCCCCCCCUGCCCCCGUCCUCUUCCCCCACCCCAUCAAUUCAUAUCACACUACGUUGAAUUAGCCUCGAAUAUCACUCUGUACUAUCGUAAUAUUUUGGCUAGACGAGGGCAGCCACACCCAUGUUGAUACGUAAUUGUGUGCCAGUAAGCCAGCAGCUAGACCUAUCAGUGAUCCACCUCUUCCGCUCUCGCAGACAACUAGAAUAAUGAAAAAAAAAAUAAAAAUUCUAAAUUCAAUUUAUGAAAUUACUAAUGAUAAAGUGAGAAUCAAAAAAUACAUAUGAUCGAAUAGAAAUGUUGAUUUUCUUCGUUGCUAAUUUUGAUUGUGCGUUGAAACGAAUGAUCAAAAAAUACCAGAGAACUAUCGAGGGACAAAUAAUAUUAUUAAGUGAAAAUUCGUCUAGUCGCGUUUGUAGAAACUUUUGCACUGAAAUAAAGAAUCAAUGAUUUUUUGAAAAACUAAAUAA